AUGGUAAAACAUAACCAGACAGUCACUGAGUUUCUACUCUUAGGAUUCCCUGAUGUUACUGGCUUUAAAGUUAUUGUUUUAUUUAUUGUCAUACUGGUGAUUUACAUUUCGACUCUGAUGAUAAAUACUAUGGUCAUCGUUUUGGUCUCCAUCAAGCCUCAGCUCCAUUCUCCCAUGUACUUCUUCCUCCAGCAGUUAUCACUUGUUGAAUUCAUAUUUCUGACUGCUGUUGUCCCUAACAUGCUGCGUGUUGUAUGGUUAGAAGGAGCCACCAUCUCUGUUGGGGGAUGUAUAACCCAAACCUAUAUAUACUGUGCCAUAGGGUGUACAGAAUGUCACCUCCUCACAAUCAUGGCUUAUGACCGGUACUUGGCCAUUUGUAACCCUCUUUGCUACAACAUCAUCAUGGACACCAGACUGCAGAAUCUCUUGGUCAUCUACUGUUGGGUUUUUGGCUUCUCCCUGACCCAGAUCACUCUUAACUUUCUUUGUCAACUUGAGUUCUGUGGACCCAAUGUGAUCGACCAUUUCUUCUGUGAUCUUGCGCCGUACCUUAUUCUUACAUGUUCUCACAAAUUUGCUUUUCAGUUAAUGAUCCUAAUAGUUUCUGUUCCUUUAAUGCUGUUCCCUUUUAUUUUAGUCAUUGUCAGCUACGUCUAUGUCUUCAUAACAAUUCUUGGCAUCUCUUCUGCGAAAGGGAGGAAGAAAACCUUCUCCACCUGUAGCUCCCACCUCACUGUGGUCACCAUGUAUUAUGGGACCCUGAUCACUAUCUACAUGGUCCCAGCCAAUGGAGAAACCUUGAUCCUGAACAAGUUACUGUCAUUUCUGUACAUUGUGGUGACUCCUCUGUUCAACCCAAUCAUAUACUGCUUGAGGAACCAAGAAAUGAGACUUGUCUUGGUGAAGUUAUUUAGUAUAAGAGAUAAACAAUAG